AUGGCGACUGAUGUUACCGAAGAGAAUGCAGAAAUCGACAAAUUUGUCCAUAACUGGCAGGAUAUCAAGGCCACGUACGAGAAUCUCGCCAUCGAAGCGCGGAAGCGCUGCGAGGAAGGAUUGGUAGCUUUAAAGUGUAUUUUCACACACCGAGCGAAAUCAAUAGAUAGUCUGAAGAAGUCCAUUCAGCGUCGACAAACCGAUCGCAUGAAAGACGGCAAAGGACCGUACAAGGAUGCAGAUGAAAUUAAGCGGGACAUGGUCGAUCUCGCAGGUGUUCGGAUUGCCGUCUACUUCCCUGAUGAUCUAGAGCCGGUUGGAAAUUUUAUUCGCAAAGAAUUUCAAGAAACGCAGCCGGCAGUAGUUUGGGGGAGCCAUCAGAGUGGCGAUCGUAAUGGACGGAUUGGAACGCGAUUCAUGGGCUAUAAGGCCACUCACUUUCGCGUACAACUGCGAGACGAUGGCGACGGAAAGAACCGGACCAAGCCGGAGCUUUCAGGACGAACAGUGGAAAUUCAAGUCAUCACAGUCUUGAUGCAUUCUKGGGCGAACAUUCAUCACGAUCUCAUAUACAAGCCAUAUUCGGGAGACCUUACUGAAGAUGAGAGACACAUGCUCGACUUGGUCAAUGGCCUCGUGCAUGCUGGAGAGAUUGCUCUGCAGCAGCUUCAUAAAUUACUAGUUCAGCGACUCCAACGAUCUGACCGGAUCUUUGCAGACCAGUACGAGCUGGCCGCCUGGCUGAAGGAUUACGUUGAGACGAAUUUUCAAAGUUAUUUCGCGGUUCAGCCGCCGCGAAUGGAACAAUUGAAUCUCCUACGAGAGGUACUUCAACUUUUUGAGUUGGAUUCUCCGAGAAAGCUACAACCAUGCCUCCGAACAGUCCACGAACCGUACUUGGGAGCAGAAAGGAUAGUUACGUCUACUAUUAAGUCAAUUCUCGACGACAUGUUCUCGAGGGAAGACGAACGUGUAUUCCCACGUUGGGUAGAUCUAACGACCUGGGCCCUUCUACAAAUUUGUGUCCAGAAUAUCGUACCAUUGCCGCAGGGGAAUCCGUUUGAGAAUAUGCGGUUGAAGACAUUCAUCAUGAUCAAUUCGAUUACCUUAGCACUGCUCAUGGGCACGAAGCCACCGAACUUCCAUACAUUACAUUGGCCCUAUAUUGCAGAUGAAACGAAUCCCAAUUGGAUGUUGUUGCAUCUGGUUAACUUCCAAAGACCCACCGAAGGGAACAAUCAAACCAUCGACUAUCUGGAUCAAAUUUGGAAUAGCUAUCUGAAACGGUUGGAUUCUGAUAAAACUGAUCUCCGAGAUAUGCCUCCAGAGUCCAGCGACUCAAAUACGCUUCUCUGGGUUCUGUGCUGCUCGCUAGCUUCCCUCGGCUUAACCGCCAUCCCUAAAGACGUUCAGGGAGAUCCAAUGGAUACUUUCAUUUGGCCGGGAGUAUUCGGGUGGCCUUCACGCGAGGUGGAAGUGAGAUUCGGCAUUCCACCCCCACACCCCAUGCUGGGAUUUUAUUUGAACGGAGGUCCUCGCUCGGAACUGCCUGUGAAAAAACACUCAAAAGAUAGCCCGACGGGACAGGGUUCAUGGCAAUAUUCUCGAGUCUCGUUAACCAAGGUCAUGGCGGGUCAGCAGUGGGGGAGUUUACAACUUUGGUUUCAGGGUAUUCUUGAGGCUAGUUGGCAAUCCAAUAGGGGAAGGCAGGAUAAGGUGAAGAAUAAUGUUGCACAACCAUCACAAAACCAGCGUAUGAGUGAUGACCGGAAGGAAAUGGGAGUUAUGACACAGGGCGAUACGCGGAAAGAGACCCUCGAGAGAGUGGGACAAGAAAGAGUCGAAAGAGCAAGAUUGGACCGAGAUAGACUGGAGCAAGAGAGAUUAGAGGAGGAGAGACUGGAGGAAGAGAAAGUGGAGCAGGAGAAAUUGGAGAAGGAGAGAUUGGAGCAGGAGAGAUUGGAGCAGGAGAGAUUGGAGAAAGAGAGAUUGAAGGAGGAGAGAUUGAAGGAGGAGGGAUUGAGAAGAGAAUGGCUGAGCAGGGAAGACGAAGAACAAGCGAGAAACAAAGAGCAGCGGAGGCCCACUUUUACUUCCACCCCAAACACGAUGUUCUCUGGUGUCGGUGAUAUUCGUAUCUACGAUCAUCUGCCUACGUUGCGACAAUCUUAUAACGAUUUAUUACAACAAUUUAUCAGAAUGUUCAUUGGCUAUUCACAUUGGGAAGACGCAAAGCUGCGAAGCGAUACAUUGUAG